AUGAAAGCAGACGCAGCGCCAGACGAACAGCCCCGCUCACACGACAGUGGCGCAUUUCCGAGAAGCCCGAACGACGAAGAGGCGCAUCUUCUACCAACAGAGCAGCUAGACUUUACCGAUGCCGACGAGGACGAGAGCGUCGCAGCAGGUGUUUAUAACCUGUCUGCACGGCCACCAAGACAACGCUGGUGGCGGUGGCUCUACAGGACACCCCGACAAUACAGCGUGAAGCCGUGGCUGCCGGCUGUACAGAGGCUGCCGGCUCAGCUGCUAGACCACGUGGCGCCACGAACGGGUCAGCGGCUGGCUGUGCUGGCCGUAUUUCUGCUCAUCUGGGCUGUGUGCUUUGUGCCGCUGCUGCUGGCCGGCCGUCGCGCCGUCACGGACGCAGCCGGACGCGACGUGGUCAAUCUCGACUGCACCGACACAUUUUGGCACCGCAAGAACGCGUGUGGGCUCGAUGGCAUCGACUGCGCGCCGUUCAACGACACGCUGCUGGCCUUCCGCUGUCCUGGCCACUGUGCCUCCGUGCAGCUUCUCAACCCGCGCGCCAUCGGGUCGCAGGAGGUUGUGUACCGGCCGCUGCUCGUCGGCAGUCCUGAGGCCUACCGCGGCGACUCGUGGAUCUGCACGGCGGCCAUCCAUGCUGGCGUCAUCGGCAACGCUGCCGGUGGCUGCGGCCGCGUCGAGCUCGUCGGCCAGCGUCGCGGCUAUGCCGGACUGGCCGGUUCUGGCGGCCUGCGAUCGAUCGCCUUCGACUCGUACUUCCCCCUGUCCUUCACCGUGUCCGCAGACGAAGCGGCCGGCGGCUGCGGCGGCGAGUCACGUGGUCUCCUGCUGGCCGUCUCGCUGCUAUUCACAGCACUGCUGGCACUCUUUGCGCCGUCGCCGCUGCUCUUCUUUGUCGGCACGCUCGCUGCUGGCUUCGUCCACGUCGGCUUCGUCUCCGAUCCGCCGCCGGCCAGCUUCCAUAGUCUCUCAGUGCUGCCAGACCACACAUCAGCACUCGCCAGCCGCGUCCUCCCCUCUGCUUUCUGUCUUGCCGUGCUCUACCGAACGUGCGUGCGCCACUCUCUGACCGGCCUCGAUGUCGCCCCUUUCGACCGCGCGCUGCUCUGGCUAGGCGGCUUCUGGCUCGGCGCUCUGUCCAACUACACGCUCGACUGGAUCCCCAUCCAACGGCUGACCCCCCACGAUCUCGCGCAGCAGCCCGGUGCCCGCGUUUCUCUGGCCGUCAUAGUCGCCCUGAUCGCCCUCAUCGUCGUCCAGCAGGUGUACGGCUUCUGGCACGAGGGUCGCCUGCUCCGCUAUCUUGGCCUCUAUGGCCUCUUUAUCGUCGCUAUAGCCGUUGCCCUCAUGCUGCCUGGCCUCAACCUCCGCAUCCACCACUACGUGCUUGCGUUGCUGUUGCUACCCGGCACCAGCCUUCAGACCCGUCCGUCGCUGCUCUAUCAGGGCCUUCUUCUGGGCCUCUUCGUGAACGGUGUCACGCGUUGGGGUUUUGCCUCCGUGCUGGAGACGGCUGACGCACUGCGUGGCGAUGCUUCGUUUGAUGCCCUCGUGCCCUCUCUCGCUGCUGUCCCGUCUGUCAUGUUUGCCGGGGCCUCAGACAACUUCGGCAACAUCACGUUUUCCUGGGCGCUACCGCCUGCCUCGGCUGGGAUGCAGGGCAUCAGUGUCCUCGUCAACGAUGUUGAGCGCCUGCGACGCUUUUCCCUUGCUGAAACCUUUACGUGGUCACGGCCUACUGGCCUCGAUCUGUCUGAGUACUUUCGCUUUGCCUUUAUCCAGGACGGAACCACUUUAGACUACUCUCCGGCCGGGACGUGGUUUGCAAACGGUACGUGGCAUAUGACUUCAUAG